UUGCAGACUGACAUUUAUUCAAAGACGAUAAAUGUAUUUUCGAUCGUAUCAGCUGUGACAGUGUAAUGUGAAAGACACGAUACGCCUAGACGGGACGUUUUAUUUCGAUUAAGAAAACCCCAAAGGAUGGAGCGAAGGCGAAGGAAAAGCUUUUGGGUAAUCCACGCGUCUGUCUGACACUUCCCGCUUUUGCCGUAGGAUGCAUGUGAGCAGUAAGAAAUAGUGAAGAAGUGAUGGAAAACAGGCCAAACUGCAGUGCUGACUGUGAGUCUGCAUCCUGCUUCAUCCAGCCGGCAGUCAACAGCCAGCAGAGCGGGGAUAUCCUACUGAGACUCUGCACUCUGUCCACGAGAGUAAUGGAGGUACAGAGCAGGUCUCUGUCUCCAGUGCUGUGUGCUGUGGUCUGGACCCUACUGUCCUGUGGGAUCUUACUGGCUUUCCUCUUCCUCAUCUUCACCAUCCGUUACAAAAACAACAGGAUUGUGAAAAUGUCCAGCCCCAAUCUGAACAUGCUGACUCUGGUUGGGAGUGUAUUCACAUACACCAGUGGCUUCCUGUUUGCUAUAGAGGACAGAUCACCCAUACAGGGAGCAGGAGCAAGAGCUGUGCUGAUGGUGCGGGUAUGGAUGCUGUGUGUUGGUAGCUCUCUUGUGUUUGGACCCAUCCUGGGGAAAACAUGGCGUCUCUACAGGGUCUUCACCCAACGUGUACCUGACAAGAGAGUGAUCAUCCGCGACAUUCAGCUCAUGUUUAUGGUAGCUCUGCUGAUCAUGGUGGAUGUGGUACUUCUGUCUGCGUGGGGUCUUACUGACCCUGCUGAGUGUUCCCGGUCAGUCAGCGCUGUGGUCAAGGUAGUAGGAUUUGAUAUGCGCUACUCCUUGUCUCAGAUGGACUCCUGCUCCUCUCACUACACAGACCUGUGGGUCACUCUCCUCUCCGUAGUCAAGGGCAGUGUGCUGCUCUAUGGCACAUACUUGGCUGGGCUGACCAGCAACGUGAGCCUGCCCCCAGUCAACCAGACUCUGCCCAUCGUGGCUGCCGUGUGCCUUACCACAGCAUCCACUGCCGUGGCCGUCCCCAUCUCUCGCUACCUGUAUGCCUGGCCCAACCUGGUCUAUGGCGUGGUGUCCGGAGCCAUCUUCAUCUGCACCACGGUCAUUAACUGCUUGCUGUUUGUCCCUCAGCUAAGCCAGUGGAAGCAGUUUGAAGAGGAGGUGAACCCCCACUCCAGCCAGAUGGCCAAAUACUUCAACAGCCCCGGCAAAAGUCUACGCUCCAUCUACAGCGAGGAUGAGAUCUUCUACCUGCUGGGAGAACACGACUCAAUGAAGAGACUAAUCAGUGAGAAAAAUGCAGUGAUUGACAGCCUCCAAGAGCAAGUUAACAGUGCCAAGGACAAACUGCUGAAGCUAAUGUCUGUGAGCCACCUUCAGGCUGAAGGAGAAAUGAGCACUUCUGCCACCAACCUCAACUCAUCCUCCACCCGGACCACACUGGUACCUCUCGAGCGUCCUCCUGAGCCUCCUCCAUCUCCACUGCCUGUGAGAAGUGUGGUGUCUACUCCCCCUGCUGCACUCUCCCCUCCUCCAUACAUGCUUCCACCCUCACUUCCUGAUCCCUCCUCAUCGCUACCGGUGGUCUCCCCACCUCGCACCUCUCACAGUCCAGAUGGGGCUUCACAGAACUCUGAGAUCGGUCAAUCGAAGCCUGAGAGUGAAAGUCUGACAAUGUACACAGAUGUGAUGCAGUCCAAAGUGAACAUUGUUGCGAACUCUAAGAGUGCCUCUGUUGGCCUUGGAUCCUCAUCGGUAGGAGACAUACUGCUGCAUUCGUCCGUUAACCUGAAUAAAUUGGAAGGCUCCACGCGUCCGUCCCCUGCUUGGUCAAGUCCAUCUCAAGGAUAUAUCGCAAGUUCAGCGGUAGAUUCCAUUGUACCAUCAGUGGUAACGGGGGUAGGUUGUCAUGGGUAUGUGAGCAGCGAGCAGCUGCAGGAGAUUCUGCAGGACUUGAGUGUGGAUGCUGUAAGAAACUCACUCAGAUCACCAAAUGGAGUGAGAAAAACCUUUAAUCCUGUUCACGAUGAUCUUAGUUCCCUCAUCACCUUCUCACCUCUCGCUCCUCUUUCUCCGCUCUCACCACAGUCACAUCUACAGUUUUGUUUCCCCAGCAUCUCACCAUAUAUGAUGCGAAAACGAAGGCCUCCCUUCCACUCCUCCAGAACGGGGUCACCUCCCUACUACUACCCAGGCUCAGCACCCCCUGGCUGUAGGAGGGCAUCUGCGCCAUCUAGUCAGGAGAGACUGAGGGAAUGUGACUCCAAAAAAGCACAGUUUGUCACAGCGAACUCCUCUCAGUGCCGAGACUCCCAGAGUGGGGAUGAAGAGGGGAGCAAGAGCGAGGGGGCUCGGCAUGACUCAAAUGCUCCAUCCCAAUCUGGCAGGAGGGCUUCAAGACGAACCCGUCAAGAGACUUCAUCUAAGAGACGCCCCAUAAGUCCUUUGGCAGGACAUGUGAACCGUGGAGGUUCAGCCAUGUCUAUGGUGGGGACUGGAGCCGCAGACCUGUAUGGAUACUCCGACUCCGAAUCCAGCAGUUCUGAGGAUUACAGCUACUACCAUCGGCCCUACUGUGAAGCUUGCCUGCACCACCCAUAUGCCUCCAACAGCGAGAGCAGCAGCACCUCAGAGACCUCAGACAGUGAGUACAUGGAGCUGUACCACUCUUCCCACCCUGUGGUCAACUUCAAAGAUGACCUUAAGCCUACACUUGUCUGAACAAAGUGGAGUUAGACAAAAUUAGAGAGAAGAUCUAAUAUGUGAAAAGAUAUGACAGAACCUAUUUGCCAUUUCUGAAUGGCUUACCUGUUUGUUUGGGUCAGAAUAUAAAUAUUGUUUUUUCUCUUCUGCCUUUGCAGACACUGGCAGCUUAGCCCUAAACAUGCCUCAGCACAAAUUAUUCACCAUUUAUGGGCCUCCUCACCUUAUGUCUCAUUAGCAUAUCUGUGUUACACCUGUGCUUGUAGUAAGAGAGAGAGAGAGUUAACAGUGAGAUCAUUUUAGGCCUUUACAGUGGGAAAGAGAACUAGUUUACAUUUUAUUCCACUUAAUGUGAUUUAUUAGAUGCUUGUGAGCCUUCCUUGACAUUCAAUUAUAUUGUGUUUAUGUGUGUGCAUAUUACACGCAGUAAAGUAUUGUAAAUACAGUUACUGUGAUGAAAUUUGUUAUGACUGAAUAAUUAAAUAGCUUUUAAAAAUAUAUUCUGAAUAAGAAUAUUUUGAAAAUGUAUCACAUAGAUCUGAUUGAAGUUUUACAAUACAAACAUAUUUCUUGCUAUCUUAGGUGUUAAUCACAUAACAUAAAAAUGUGCAACAUAUAUAUCUUUUCACAUUUUGUCAAUGUGGCACUACAUUUGUGUCAUUUUGAUUUUAGCGUUAUAUAUUCUGCAUACACAUUAAUGAAAGAAAAGUAUAUUUAUGGAGCAGAGUUACUGUACUGAAGAGACUAAACUGACCUGAAUAAAAUCACCUCAUUUAUAUAUGUGUCCCAGUGUUUCAGAAUGCUCAAAGGUCAAAUUCCAUACUGUAUUUGUGUUGUUUUCCAUUUCUAUUUAUUUUUGUCAAGUUUGAAUGUAAGGUCAUUUUGGGCACUUGGUUUAUUAUUUAUCUAAUUUAUUUUUUUAAGAAAAGGAAUGUUAGUUGUGGACACCUCAAUUAUUAUGUCUUAAUUGUUUAUAAUUGUAAACUGAAGUGUUACUGUUAUUGUUAUGCUUCUACAUUUCCACUUUUUUCCUUUGGUUUGCAUUUUAAUACUAUUUAGUUUCAAUUUCAGGCACAAUAGCUUGCUCUCACUAAUUUCUUUUACUUGAGUGUACCUGCUGUGCACAGUAUGGUCCUUUGUCUAAUUAUCAUACCCUUCACACACUAAAUUUGUUA